AUGUGCAAAAAGAAAAUUCAGCAGGUGUCAGAUGAUAUGUCUAACGAUGAAAGACAGCUGCAGUCGGACACAAGAGAAGAUGUCAUAAUGGUACAAAAUGAAUGGGUGAUGUCUUUGGAGAACCACAAAACGAAAAGGAUGACAGCAGUUAUGACAUCCAACACUGUGUAUGACAGAUUUAAAUUCUUCACAAGAAAUCAGAAGGACGGUGAAACGUUUGAACAGUAUUAUACUGAUUUGAAGAAUUCGGCAAAAGAAUGCAAGUUUGACAACCUUCGAGAUGAACUCACCAGAGAUCGAUUGGUAUGUGGCAAACAGUUGGAUCGAGUGAGAGAUAGUCUUCUGAGAGAUGUAGACUUAACUUUAGAGAAAGCAGCAAGCAUAAGUCGUACUGACGAGCAUACCCAAAACCAAAUGAUAGAAAUGAAAGGACUACAUGUAGAUGCUGCUUAUAAAUUAGAGAAGACAGAAGAUAGCAAGCCAGUAAAAACCUCACAGGAAAAUAUUGCUAAGAAUCAUGUAACAAGUAUCAUUAAAGAUUGCAGAUAUUGUAAUAAAGUAAAGUGUAAAAAGAUAAUUCAUUUUGCUGCAAAAUGUCGUUCAAAACAUUUCAAAGCUGUUGAUUCAAUGGAAAAUGAAAGUCAAGUAAGCCAAGUAAAUGAGUUGUGCUUUCAGGCAGUUGGUACUGACAACAACGUCAAUGUUUGGAUGGUGGAUGUCAAUGUUAUGCCAAAAAUAGUCAAAAUGAAGAUUGACACAGGAGCACAAGCUUAUGUCAUAGUCAACGUGAAACACUUAAGAAACUGA